GUCAAACAAAAACAGAGAAAAUGAAAACAAAGCAACUGAAAAUGAUGUUCUUCUUAUUAAUUCUAGUUUCGGCUUUGAUUAACCGACCAUCCGAAGCUCAGCUAAAACUGAGCGUAUGUUCAAGUACACAGACAAGGCCGAUAGAGAACGUGGCUGGAUGUUUAGAUUCGUUGAGAUUAGCGGUGCAUCAAGAUUUCAGAUUGCUAUCAAGAGACUGUUGCAAAGCAGUGAAAACACUUCCUGAUUGCCUUUUCGUUCUUUAUCCCAACAUAGUUUACAAUACUUAUAUCUUCAAAAACUUUUGUUUCCUAAAGUUCAACGAAACAAAAAUCAUGUAACCAAG